AUGGAGACAGCUCAUCAAGACCUGAACAGACCAGAUGCUCAUCAAGUAUACGGCCUGCCGCUGGACGCUACUGUGUCAAAGGCUCUCACCCGAAAUGGUUGGAUUUUCAGAGGUGCACGCAGUGAUAAUGCUGAGAGCCUCAUGUGUUACCUCACUGGAAAAGAACUCAAGUUGGAUGUAAAGGAUGUUUACUUAUGGGCAAACUCUAACGGAGACCCCCAAGACCGUUUUAGUUUCGCUGACACCUGGAAAGUCUGUAAAACACCAGCCCCGGAGGUUCCAUGGCACAAACAGGUUUGGUUCCCAGGUUCUAUCCCCAAAUACUCUUUCAUGAUGUGGCUAGCCUGUCUCGAUAGAAUGCCAACUAUGUCUCGUUUGAGAAACUGGGGCCUUGUGGAAGAUGACACUUGUAUUCUUUGUGAAAUCUACAAUGAAACAAGGGAUCACCUCUUCUUACGUUGUCCUUAUAGCUACGACCUGUGGAGAUGGUGCAUUUCAAGGAUGCAACUACACUUCAUGGGAUUCAGUACCUGGGAUAGACUUAUCUUGUGGCUACAAGCCCCCUGCUCUGAAGGGAACCUGUCAACUCUAAAGCUCCUGGUAGCUCAGGCAGUAAUCUACACACUUUGGCAUGAGAGAAAUGCACGCCUGUUCACUGGAAAGCGCACACCGGUUGAAGGUCUCUACCACCUUUUGGAUAGACGAAUCCGAAACACUUGUUUGGCUCGGGACAAAUCUCCGAAGCUUCGUGGUAUGCUAGAGUACUGGUUUCGAGGCCUCUCUAACUGA